GGUCUGGCGUUUUAGUCCUUUCUGUGUCGUUCGUGUUUGUUGUUGUGUCAGUGGUGAGGGAAGGAAAGGGAGAGGAAGGAUAUGGGUGUUUUGGGAGGCGUGCUGCUCCUGUUCCUGGCAGGAGCAGUACCAUCAGUGACCGCUGAGGGAACACCAGUGGUGGAAGUUCUAUACAACACCAGUGGCAUUAUAGAGGCGCCGGAGGACCCUAGUGGUAACAACUGGUAUCAACCUGACGCUCGGUACCUCUGGAUUCUGGAUAUGCAGAGGGCCAAUGUCAACAUCGAGGUGACGGUGGAGAAGCUGGACCUGGGCUUGCCUUACAAUGCCAUUCACGAGGCAAGCACGAAGAUCAACUUCACUGCCGGAGAUUUUGUUUUAGUUGGUGCUGGCUCAGACGUGCUUCAGGGCAACGAGCUUAUGUUCUUCGGCACGAGAUCGACGCCCAGGAAGAUUAUUGUGAGAAGCGGUGUUGGUCACAUCUUCUUCUACUCCACUCAAACCAUCACAGACGCCAAGGGCUUCACCAUUAGCUACAGUGUUACAGACAUGGCCAGCACACUGCCUCCCCCCACCACGCCCACCCCUGCCCCUCCCGUUCUCAGUAGCGCUUUUAUUUCCAUCAAAGGCAUCCCGGUUGAUGACUGGAUGUCGUACAAUGACAAAUUCAAACUGGCUAUUUCCAACAUGGCCUCUGAUUACGACCACAAGGACUUAAAUAUGACGAAAGUGCCUGUGGAUCCCUCGGAAGUUAUCAUCAACGAGGCGAAGAAAUGUCACCCGGACUUCUGCCCCGUUGACCUGUGUGUGACUUACGACUUCAGCAUCGCGACGGAAACAGAGGGGGAGGUGGUGUUUAGCAAGAAGGACCUGGAGGGGAUGAUAAAUAUGCCCAGCGCCAACCAGUACAUAGCGGAUGUCUUUGGUGCAAGUUGCGAGAUAUGUGAUGAUGAGGCGAGCAUUUCAACCCUCCUGUACAUCAUGAUUCCCCUCGGCGUGGUGAUCUUUGGGGUGGCCAUCACCUAUACUGCCUGGAAACUGACUGGGAGGUCCUCGUUCAGUCACGCCCAAGAGAAAUAUGAACAAGCGCAAAGGGACAGGAUAGAGGACCAGAGACGCAGAUCAUCAGGGGACAUAUCAAUCUUGGGCGUGGGAGGACGGUCCAUCGCAUCCCAAGGGUCACGAAGCUCACGCCGGUACACCAUGCCCUUCCCUAAGCCUGCACGGGACGAGGUGGACCACGGAGGGAUAGAAGAGGAGCGGGAGGAGGAGGUGGACACAAGUGACUUUGUCUAUUACGACCCGGAUCAGGGAAUUACUGACCCUGCGCAGUUUGGCCUGGCAGGAGUGGUGUCAGGGUUCGCGAGGCAGGGGCAGGAGUCCCACCAGUAUACGAAUGAGGCCUUUGUGAUGGACGAGGACUCAGCAAUCGCUCUCCAACGAACCUCCUUCGCCGACGACAGCAGCGACACUGACUCUGAUAACGGAGGAGCUUUGAGUUUCCGCCCCAAGAGGAGAGAAAUGACCGCUAAGAACCAGAUUGAGGUGCCAGCUGAGGUUCACAGUCCGGAGGUUGAAGGGGAGACCGCCCUCUAGUCUUUCACAGAGCCCAUCGCCUCUCCACUGAUCUUCUCAACCACUUUUCUACUUUUCUUCAUCAGUUUUGCGGGGAUUAUAGAAACCUUAGCCAAUUCAUUUCCAGACACGGUACUAACUGUUUACUUCUUGGCAAAAUGUGACUAUUUUUUUUUUUUUUCAAGUCGUGAUCUACGUAAAGAAAGGACUAACGGUGAAAUUAAAGAGCUGAAUGAAUCUAAACCUAACCUAACCUGGCUCUUGGAUGAAAAUGCUGUUAUUUCAAUAUUAUCCCAGUUUAUGCACAUUUGUUUCAUUCCAUUACGUUAUUUUUCUUUUUCCUUUCCUUUUUUUUUGCGGAAUCCUUAUAGAGAGAUUUUUUUUCCAUUUUCUAUUUUUCUUACCAUAUAUUUUCGUAUUAUUAGAGUUACCGUCUUUACUUUAGUUCAUUGUUACGUAAUUACUUCAGAUGACAAAUAAGUAUAAGUGAAGGAAUUUGUAUCUGGCUAUACAUGACUUGAUUCUAUUUUGUUUCAAUUGUAAAUAUGUAUAAUUCUUCAUUUGCUGUUGUCACAAUGCGUAUGUUGUAUUCCUUAUAGUUUCAUUGCCUUGCUGUUGAUAAGUUGUUUACAUUUCUUGUCUAAUUGCACAUCUCAACUUUUAUACAAAACGAGAAACUAAUUGUUCUUCAUAUUUUUCCUACGAAGUUCAGUGAUGUAUUUCAGUGUCUAUAUAAGACUAGAAACUCGUAUUUGCUCGUACUUUUACCAAUGCUGUUCAAUUAUAUAUAUAUAUAUAUAUAUAUAUAUAUAUAUAUAUAUAUAUAUAUAUAUAUAUAUAUAUAUAUAUAUAUAUAUAUAUAUAUAUAUAUAUAUAUAUAUGACGCAAAGUAUUUAUUUAUUUAUUUAUUUAUUUAUUUUUUGUUUUUGCCUUCACUGGUCAGUUACGUAUCUCAAUGUUUACAUCACAACUUAAACUAAUUCAUAUAUGUAUCUUUGUUUACGUUAUCUAACUAUAGUAUAUUUCAAAGUUUAUACAUGACCAGAAACUAAUUUAUAUGUCUGUCUACCUGUUCAAACUAUAUAUUUCAAAGUUGAUACAAGACCACAACCCAAUUCAUAUGUUUGUUUACCUAGGCAAACUAUAUAUAUUCUAUUGUUUACAAGACCACAAACCAAUCAUAUAUGUUGAUGGGCGAGGAGUGCACACAGUGAUUUGUAACUAAUAAAAUCUCUAGUCAUUA